CAACCACCUCGCUGACAAACAACACAGGUUGCUUCGCUUGCUUGUUGCUUGCUGCUUGUUGCUUGGAGUUGUGUUGUUGCUCGACGUUUGUGUUGUUGCUCGUCGCCGCGGCUCAGCAGUGUAGCAGCAUCACUGGCUCUUCGCGCUGGCGCGUGAGACACUGCAACACCCGUCAUGAGCGCUCUCCGAGACGCAGCCACAAAGUUGUCUCGUUGUGCGGUGGCGCUGACCCGCGCUGUGGCCGUUGUUCAGCCACAAAGGGCUCUUCUUCAUUCGCGUGCGCGGACACAGCAUGCUCAGCGCCUGUGGGGAGCAGCGGCUGAGGCCACCGUAGCUACCGGCCGUCACAGCUUGCAGGCGCCAUUUGCGCCCUUGGCCAGCCGCUUUGGUCGCUUCUACGGUCAUGCACAACAGCAGCAGCAUGCGUCCGCCACCUUUGUCCGCAUGUACAGCGCCGCUGCAGGCGGUGGUGGUGGCAGUGACGACGGAGAUGGAGGUGAUGGUGAUGAUGGCGAGGCGAGGAAGAAGACUGGCGUUCAGGAGGAAGGUGAGGACGAGGAUGGCGAUGAGGAGGACAAGGCGUCCAAGGCGACCCGUGGCCGCAAGUGGCACCGCAAGAGCAGCAAAGGGAAAUCGAGCAAACGCGACGACAACGACGAGGAGUUUUCCCACGUGGAGGACCAAGUCCGCAGGGAUGCACAUGACGGCCGUGUUGGCACGGGCCACGCGGACGAUGAUGAGGUGGUCAUUGCGCACCAUCGCAAGCGCGGUUCCGAUAAGCAAGGCCUCCUCGGGCCCCCUGUCGUUCCAAAAUCAGUCAAGGAGGCGUUUGUACUUCCCCUCCACGACCGGCCCAUUCUCCCAAACACCGUUCGCAUUCUUGAGAUUGAUGACGAGCGUGUGAUUGAUCAGAUCUCGCACCUCAUUCGCAUCCGCCAGCCGUUUGUCGGAACCUUCCUCCGCUCUGACGACAAGGAGGAGAUUGUCGACACGAUUGAGAACUUGGGCGAAGUGGAGACUGUGGGCACGCUCGUGUCCAUCACGGACUCGCGCGUGCUCUCAAACGGCCGUUGUCAUCUCUUCGUACAGGGCCACUACCCCAUCAAGAUCACCAGCACUGUUCCUGUGAGCGACGACGACGAUGAAGGUCUUGGCGAUGUGCAUGACGGACACGAAGACCCCAAAGACGACAGGGAGGACCACGAGGAGGACUCGAAGGAGGACGUGAAGGAGGACUCGAAGGAGGACAGCGGCGAUGGCGAGCGUGACAGCGCAGAUGUUGUUGGUGACAGUUUCACCGCGUCGCCGUGGCGCGGCAGCAGUGCUGGUGGUGAUGGCGAUGGCCACGGCCGUCACGAUGGUGAUGAGAUGCACCCCCUGCUCAAGGCGAAGGUGACGACGCUGAAGAUGCAGGAGUACGAUCCACAGAACCUCCGCCUCAAGGCACUCGCUGCCGAGGUGGUGACGUCACUCCGGGACAUUGUGACGUCAAACAGCAUGCUGCGCGACUCUGUGCUGGCAGCAAUGGAAAACAGGCUUCGGCUGGACGACUACAACCAGCUGUGCAACCUGGCUAUUGCGGCAACAUCGGCCGACCCGCACGAGAUGCAACAAGUCCUCGCGGAGCUCCACAUGGAGUCCAAGUUGAUGCUGACGCUGGAGAUUUUGAAGCGGGAGCUCCUCAACAUGAAACUUCAGGGCGAAAUCCGGCAGCAAGUCGAGACAAAGGUGAACGAGCAGCGGCGCAAACAUCUCCUCCACGAACAGCUGCAGGCCAUCAAGAAGGAACUCGGCAUCACGAAGGACGAGACGGCGACGCUGAUUGACAAGUUCAAGGCCGCACUCGAGGGCCUCACCGUCCCGGAGAGGGCGAAUGAGGUGAUUGAGGAGGAGAUGCAGAAACUGUCCAACCUCGACCCCCAAUCGUCCGAGUACCAGGUCACGCGCAACUAUCUCGAGUGGCUGACGUGCAUUCCUUGGGGCCGCACGUCCGAGGAAGUGUUUGACGUGGGGCGUGGCCUUGACAUUCUAAAUGAGGAACAUUACGGCAUGACAGACGUCAAGGAUCGCAUUUUGGAGUUUAUCGCAGUCAGCCAGCUCAAGGGCUGCUCGCACGGCAAGAUCCUGACGUUUGUCGGCCCUCCAGGUGUUGGCAAAACCUCCAUUGCCAAAUCCAUCGCAAAGGCUCUCAACAGGGAGUACUACCGGUUCUCUGUUGGCGGCAUGAACGACGUGGCGGAGAUCAAGGGCCACCGCCGCACAUAUGUUGGCGCCAUCCCAGGCAAACCGAUUCAGUGCUUGAAGGUGACCAAGACGUGCAACCCUCUCAUUCUGAUUGACGAAGUUGACAAGAUUGGCUUUGGCCGUCUCGGCGACCCUUCGCCUGCGCUGCUUGAGCUGUUGGAUCCGGAACAGAAUUCCGGAUUCCUGGACCACUACCUGGACGUCCCCGUCGACUUUUCCAAAGUGCUCUUCGUGUGCACCGCCAAUGUGCUGGACACUAUCCCGGGCCCGCUCAAGGACAGAAUGGAGAUCAUUGAGCUCUCCGGGUACAUGCUGCACGAGAAGGUGAAGAUUGCCGAGGACUUCCUGAUCCCGCAAGCGCGCGAGGCAACUGGUGUUGAUGGCCAGCACCUGCACAUCACAGCAGAGGCCCUGCAGGCCCUCAUUUCGGGCUACUGCCGUGAGAGCGGCGUCCGCAGUCUCAGGAAGCAGAUUGAGAAGAUCCACCGCAAGGCUGCGCUCAAGAUUGUGCGCGGCGAGACGAAGGACGGGGUUGUGAAUGUUGAGGCGGACAAUCUGAAGGAGUUUGUUGGCCUUCCGCUGUUCACGAGUGACCGCAUGUACGACACGACACCACCGGGCGUCGUCAUGGGUCUGGCGUGGACCGCAAUGGGUGGCAGCACGCUGUACAUUGAGACGGUUGCCACGUCACUUUCCAAGCAAGGCGACAGCGACAACACUUCAGGGUCCCUCAAGCUCACAGGGUCCCUGGGCGAUGUGAUGAAGGAGAGCGCAACAAUUGCCUACACGUUCGCAAAGCACUACGUCGAGCAAGUUGACAGCAGCAACACCUACCUCAAGACAGCAGACAUCAACCUGCAUGUCCCUGAGGGGGCGACACCAAAGGACGGGCCGAGCGCAGGCUGCACAAUGGUCACCGCAUUCCUGUCCCUCGCCCUCAAUAAACCUGUCAGGCAGGAUUUCGCCAUGACGGGCGAGGUCUCGCUCACGGGCAAGGUGCUGAAGGUUGGCGGGAUCAAGGAGAAGCUGCUGGCUGCGCGACGUGAGGGCGUGCAGUGCGUUGUCCUGCCGGAGGGAAACAGACCAGAUUUUGAAGACCUGCCAGACGCAGUGAAGGAGGGCUUGGAGGUCCACUUUGCGCGGACGUAUGAUGACGUGUACAAGAUUGCAUUCCCAUGAACGAGCACCACCAGCACAGCACACUUUUGCCAGGCCAUGCACCAUGUUUGCCGUGUUUCUGUGGCGGCGUUCCAACAAUUAAAGAAGAUGACAUCGUGUCAUGCAACGAACA